AUGGCCAGCUCACCGCCGGCCUCCCCCGGGAAUCAACCACCCCAGAGACCGCUGAGCGCCAUGGUGCGACCGUCACCAAGAAGUAAUAGCCGCAUGAGCAUGACGAGCAAACAUGGCGGUGGAAGCAGAGCUUCUGACGACGAUGCCCGGACCGCUGUCAAAGUCGCCGUGCGCAUCCGACCAGCGCUCAAACCCACAGACCCGGGCUACGAAUUGAUCCCUCAGCGAUUCCAACGAUCCAUGGUCCAAGUCACAUCGAACACGAGCCUAGCAAUCGACUCGCCGCAAGGAAGGAAAUUAUUCGUCUUCGACCGUGUCUUUGGGUCUGACGUGGAUCAAGAAGGAGUCUGGGAAUACCUAAACGAUUGCGUCAACGCGUUUAUUCAAGGUUACAAUGUCUCGCUUUUGGCCUACGGCCAGUCGGGAGCCGGAAAGUCGUACACAAUGGGCACAUCAGGUCCUAAUGAACAAGGCGAUGUUGAAGUCAUGGGUGUGAUCCCCAGAGCGGCAACAGCAUUAUUCGAAAGGCUAGACGGCUCGAAGAAACAGGUGAACCGUGGAUCCAUGUCACAACUACGAACGCCGCAUCGGUAUUCUGCGCAAGGCACUUCGGGCUCGCCCUCGGAGCGAAACUGGUCUCUGAAAGCCACAUAUGUCGAAAUCUACAACGAACAGCUGCGAGAUCUGCUGCUUCCGGACCACGUUCCACAGCAUGAGCGUGGCACUGUCACAAUUCGCGAAGAUGUAAAGGGUAACAUUAUCCUCACCGGCCUCCGACAGGUCGAAAUCAACUCAGUAGAAGACCUGAUGAACGCCUUGAAUUUUGGCUCCACACUUCGACAAACGGAUGCGACAGCUAUUAAUGCUAGAUCCUCCCGGUCUCACGCCGUAUUUAGUCUAAACUUGGUCCAACGCAAGAGCGGGCUUCAGGGUUCCAAUGGCAACGACAAGCGCUUUUCCGUCCCCAUCGAAGCCAUGACUGGAUCCGAGACUUGGGUGACAACAGACAGCAAACUGCACUUUGUUGAUCUGGCUGGUAGUGAACGCCUCAAGAAUACAGGCGCGCAGGGCGAGAGGGCCAAGGAAGGUAUUUCCAUCAACGCAGGUCUCGCUGCGCUCGGCAAAGUCAUCUCGCAACUGUCAUCGCGACAGGCUGGAUCGCACGUUUCCUACCGUGACUCUAAGCUCACUCGUCUUCUCCAAGACUCCCUAGGAGGGAAUGCCAUCACAUAUAUGAUUGCCUGCGUGACUCCGGCUGAGUUCCAUUUAAGCGAAACGCUAAACACCGUCCAAUAUGCGCAGAGGGCCCGAGCUAUCCAAAGUAAGCCCCGGAUUCAGCAGGUAGAGGAGGGUGACAAGCAGGCAAUCAUUGAUCGUCUGAAGGCGGAGGUGGCAUUCCUGCGGGAGCAGAUCCGGAGCGCUGAGCGAGGAGGGGGCGAGCGACGGAUUGCCUCUACAGGAGAGAGGUCCGAGCGACAAAAUGAGCGGGAGGUCGAACUGCAAAACCAGCUUCUGGACGCCCAGGAAAACUACACAACCCUUAGCCAACGUCACGCAAAGCUAAUUGCGGAGAUGGCCAAGGCCCGCGACAACGAAGCUGCCGAGAACCACAAUAUUGAGGAAUCGCUGGGCGACACUGCGACUGAGAGACUGAACCGCUCAAACUCGUUUGCUGCGGCCGUUGAGCAAGUCGUACUCGAAUACGAAAAGACGAUUCAGACUUUGGAGCAGUCCUUGUCUAGCACUCGUGGCACCCUUGCCAACACUGAAGCCAGUCUCUUGGAAAAGGAGACCAAGUGCACUUACAUUGAGACAAUCAACACUCAGCUACAAGCACGAUUGCAGAAGCUCAUGGAUCGCGAGGCGAGUACCGAGAACUACCUCCACGACUUGGAGAACAAGCUCGACGGUCAUACUUCCGGUGAAGAGAAGAAUGCAACUAUUAUUGUGGAGCUGCGCAAGGAGAUUUCUCGUGUUAGAGAAAACGAGGCCUCCUGCGAGGAUUAUAUCUCGACAUUGGAAGAGCGACUUGCCGAGGCUGACCAAGAUGCCGAGUUGAUGCAGCGCGAAAUUGAUCGCCUCGAGCAGGUCAUUGAGCGCCAGCGAUCUCUCGGAAAGCUGGACUCUCUCCUGCACGAACUGGAUCACAUUCAAGGUGACGGCAAGAUCACAGAGCCGGAUACUGAGGUACCCAAUGGGGUAUCAAGACGCCACGCUGCGGAACACUCUCGAAGUCUCUCACACGUUAGCCGGAUGAGCCGAGACGUCAUCCCCGAAACCGUUGAGGAGGAGGCAGCAGCAACCGAGGCGACUGACAGAACAGCGGGAGAUGACCACAAAAGCACCACCGUGAAGACGACCGAAGGCGAUACGCAGAACCUGCAAGCUGACAAGAGCGAAUACCCCCCGCAGAGCCCUGCCCAGUCCAAAUUUGUCCAGGACAAGUUGGAGAACGUCACCCAAGAGCUUAUCGACCUGCGUGUCGAACACGAGACCACCAUUAACGAGUUUGACCUGCUGAAUGCCAAAUACGAGGAGGCAUUGCGGACUCUGGCAGAGCUUCAGGAUACCAUCGAUGAGUCACGCCAUCCUGAACGCAAGGUGCGAGACUCAAUGAUGUCUGUUACCUCGCCCAACCAAACUAGACCCCCGUCCUUCUUCUCCGACGCGAGGUCUAGUGACCUGAAAGAGAACGGCCAAUUCUCAUCGCGGUCGUUGUCUUCAGAGUUAUCCUCUGCGCUGGAGUCACCCGCCAACGCUGACCCGUCCGAUGCCGAGACUGGUACACUUAAACCCGAAGCAGACUCGGAUCCUGUGUCAGCUGGAGAGCUCGUGCACCAGGACCUUCUUGCGACAGAAGUCGAGAGAUUCAAGACCCUCGCGGCCGAAAAGGGCGAGGCGGAGAAGGAGCUAGCUGAAAAGUACACCCAACUUGAAAAGAAGCACCAGGAGGCUCUAGACAUGCUGGAGGAACUCAAGACCGAAGUUGCCCAAGCUAAGGCGCUCGAAGUGACAUCGCCACGAGCUGGCCAGCCUGUCAUUCGCCGCAAGUCCAGCCAAAAUGUCAUGAUCAUCGACCGCGCUCAUCGAUCUUUCGCUUCGCUCCGUAACAUCGCAGCCGAGAACUUCGAAGAACAGCCUGAUGUCAUGCAAAACUUUGAACUGAACCUGAACGCUGCCAUGCACGAGCUUCACGCACGAUCAGAGAGAAUCCAGGAACUCGAAGCUGAUAUCGCAUCUACUAAAAAGGAGAUCGAGAUGAAGAUGACCAUCAUUUCUGGCCUCACCCGUGAGCGGUCUAGUUUGCAGGCCUCACCCAUGGACAUGUCAGUAGUGUCAACCCUCAAGAACCAGCUUGAGGCAAGUGAGAAGCAGAUGAAGGAAAUGAGAGAUACACACGAAGCCAGCGAGAAGAAGCUGAUGAGUGAACUCGAGAGUCUUCGUGCUUCUGUCAACGACGGCGCCGCCGCCCCCUCCGAACCUGCGUCCAACUUGGCUUCUGAGACUGCCGUUGCCACUGCCACAGCCGCCGCCGUUGCCGUCCUUCCCGAGGCGUCCACAGAAGUUACUGAUGUCCACGCUAGGGCCCUGCCAACGGCAGAGGAGAACGACAAGAAGAUCACUGAACUUCAAACCGAGCUGACUAGCUGGCAAGAGAAGCACCAAACAGCUCUCAACACAAUGCAGGAGACAGAGGCUGCCAUGAAGAAGACGAUCGAAGGACUGGAGUAUGAGAUUACCACGCUGAACACCAAGGCCGCUGAACAAUCAGUAGCAAGAAGUGCCGACGAGGUUAAGGAGAUCGAAGAGAAGCACGAAACUCUUGUCAAGAACCUUCGCAAUGAGAUCAAUGAGUACAAGGCUGCCAUUGAUACCAACGCCAACAAGGUGUCAGAGCUUGAGGCAGCGCACCAAGCUACCAAGGCAGAAUUGGACGAGGCUAUCAGGGCCCGCGACCUUCACGAGACACAAGCCAAGACACAACAAAGCCUCAUCGCAAACCUUGAAAACCAGAUCACAGCUCAUGAGCAGGCACUCAAGACUCACCAGGAUGGUAUGAAGCUACUUCAGGAGAACCAUAUCAAGGAACUGGAGGAGAUGAAGAAGGCGGAGCAGACUGGCUACGAGGAGCAAGUUGCCGUUCUCCUGAACGAGCACGCUGAGAACGUCAGGGUCCUCGAAGGCGAGUUGAACGAUGCCAGGGAGGAAUUAAUGAAGGUUGCUACCCAGGUCGCCUUUGCUCUUGGCCUCGACGUCAGUAUCGAUAAGAUCACUGAGCGCAUCGAAGAUCUGAUUGCCGACCAGAAGGCUUUGGGCGUGGAGCAGAAGAAGUCAGGCGAGAUUCAGAAGCACAUCUCUGAGCUCUCUACCAUCAACGACAAUCUCCUGAAGGAGUUGGAGCAGGCCAAGUCUACUCUUAGUGACCUCCUCACUGCUGAGGGAGAACCUGUCAGAAGCCCUGCGCCUCUUCCCGAUCAGUUGUCUGCGAUUCGCAAGAAGAUCUCAGACCUCGAGAACAAGAACAGAAAGAACUCUCGUCUGGUGGAAGAGCUUGAGGACCAACUUCAGAGCAAUUUCGAUCAGGUUCAAAUGACCAACAACCGCCUGUCUACAUUGCAGACGGAGCGCAACGCGCAAAUCGAGGACGCGCAGGCUGCCAAGUUCAAGGCGGAGUCCGAGUUGGAGUCGCUCAGGGCCGAGUACAACGCUCUUCAGAACAAGCUCGAUGAGUCAUUGGCUUCGGGCCACGUGCAACGAUCCAACUCGAUCAGCUCGCCUCUCCGGAAAAGUUCGUCUGCCACUUCCCUGCCAUCCCCACCGCCAGCCAUUCCUCUGCCUCCGCUGCCUGGCGCGGGCAACAACGCUGCUGGCCCCAACGGACCGGUGCCCAGCACCCCAACCCAGGGAAACCGGCCUGCCAGCAAGGACAACCACGGAAGUGCCAACCAGAUCCAGGAAGAUCAGGAAGCUCGCAUCCGCACAAUCGAGAAGCACCUCCAGGCCGAGAAGCAGCUCACCCAAACGCUCGAAGAAGCACUCACGGACCUCGAACGUCAAUCCAACAAGGUCAAGGCAGACGGCGAUGCCUGGCGCAAGCGCUGUUCGGAGCUGGAAGCCGAAAUCAAGGAGCUCAAGGAUCGCCCUGCGCCGACACCCCAGCCCGACAACCGUUGGAGCCUUCAUGCCGUCGAGGAGGAGCGCAAGAAGCGGCAGGCUGCCGAGGCACAACAGCGUUUGCUGGAGGAGCGCAUGAACGCCUUGUCGAAGAAGAAGAAGAAGGGCUCCCUCAACUGCUUCUAG